AUGAAAGGAUCAGGAAUCGCUGAGCCAGCCCAGAGCGGGUUCGCUCCAGCUGCAGCUUACGAUGCCCACCGACCAUCCUAUCCUGAAGAAGCAGUCCAACGUCUCCUCGAAGCCUGCGAAGUUGCCGGUGUCAAGGGCGCAAAGAUUGCAGAUCUCGCCGCCGGCACGGGGAAAUUCACCGAGAUUCUGGCGAGAAGAACUGAGGAGUAUGAUAUCGUUGCCAUAGAGCCUCAUGAUGGCAUGCGAGCGCAGCUGGAGCAGAAGAACCUUCCCCGGGUUCGGGUCUUGAAAGGCACUGCCGAUAAUAUGCCAGGUGUAGCUGAUGAGUCUCUUGCGUGUCUCAUAGCAUCACAGUCGUUCCAUUGGUUUGCCAACAUAGACGCGUUGAAAGAGAUCGCCCGGACACUGCAGCCAGCAGGCGUGUUUGGAAUGAUCUGGAAUAUUGAUGAUUACAAUUCGCCCAAAUCCUGGAAAAUCCACCCUGGCUGGGAGCAAGCGAUGCGCGACGUGAUUUGGACGUUUGAAGACGGCUCACCACGCUUUCGACACGAGAAGUGGCGACAGGUAUUUGAAGACCAAACUGCGAGUAACCCAUUGAGCGUGAAUUUCACCGAUCCGUUGUUUGGGCUGCCCUUAGGUGAAGGGAGAGUUGGGUUCACCUCGUGGCUGCCGAAGGAAGAUCUCUGGGGCAGACUGAGGACGUUGAGUCAGCUUGCGAUAUUGAAGGGUGAAGAACUGGAGAAAGUGAGGAAUACGUUCGAGGAGAGUCUGAGGUCGGAAGGGACCGAAAUCAAUCAGGACGGCUUGGUGGCCGUCCAUGGCAGAACUGUAUUCUUCUGGACGAGCAAAAUUCCUGCUGAGCCGCUGAAGCGCAGUGGCUAG